GUGCGCAUAUUUUCUAGAAGUCUUGCACAGUGACUCUUGGGGCCUCUUGGAAGCGUGCUAAGAAAAAGCGCAUUGCAUUGAAGUGCAGCAAAGGAAGAAAUGGAUCCAAAGCGACCCCCCUUUCCGGGGCCCCCAGGGGUCACCCGCAUGCCAUGGAUGCAGUCAGCAGAAGAUCAGGGUCAAUUGCCUGACCAGCCCCCAUUGGGGCGAGCCAGAGGUCUGGUUCUGCCUAAAGAUGAACCUCUUCCUGGACGAGGUAGAGCCUUAGGCGGACCUGGAGAAAUGCCUGUGCGGUUUGGGAGAGGCAUAACUCCGUCUGUAAGCGAGCCUCUGGUGGGCAUUCCUAGAGGAGUGCGAUUACCGACAGACGAGGGAGGUUUUGGAAGAGCCCGAGGUUUUUUGCUGCCCGCUCCAGAGCCCAGUGUUGGGAUAGGGAGAGGGGCUGCUGUGGGACCAGUGCCUACACUGGACAUUAAAAAAUCAGAUGUACAGGAAAAGAUGCCUGAGCUGCAAACAGAGGUGGCUCCAGCGAUCGCCCAGGUUGAGGCUCCUGGGCCGGGGUCAUCGCUGGUGUCCAUGUUCAGGGGCCUGGGCAUUGAACCGGGAAAGACGUGGGGCAGAGGAGCUACACCUGUUGGUAUGUGA